AUGUGGUGGUGGCUCCUCCUGAUCUGGGCCCAGGGGCUGAGGCAGGCUCCCCUCCUGGCGUCAGGAGCCGUGACAGGCAGGAUAGGGACCACGGGGAACAUUUCCGCAGAGGAAGGUGGCUCUGUCACCUUACAAUGUCACCUCUCCUCCACCGCGGCCACGGUGACUCAGGUCGACUGGAAGCAGCGGGACCGGUUUCUGGCCAUUCAUCACACCGAGUCCGGGUGGUCCAUCUACCCGGCUUUCCGGGGGCGAGUGGUCCCCCGCCCCAACCUGGGCCUCACCCUGCAGUCGCUGACCACGAACGACACAGGGGUGUACUCCUGCAUCUAUCACACCUUCCCUGACGGCAUUUACCGAGGGAGGCUCUUCCUGGAGGUCCUGCGAAGCUCAGGCGCUGGGCACCGCCCUGGGCUCCUGAUCCCGUUGCUCGGGGUCCUGUUGCUGGUGGUCAUCUGCACGGCGGUCACAGUGGUGGUCACGUUGGCCAGAAAGAAGAAAUUUCUCAGAAUUCGUUCUGCAGAAAGUGGCCUCAGGAGAGUGCCAUGUGGACAGGAGGAAUGGGGGCUCGGGGUUCCGGCCUCCCCUGCAAGCUGCGUCCGGGCAGAAGCUGCAGCUGCCGGCUCAGGCUCAGGCUCGUGCCGAGAGCAGAGGGACGAUGACUAUGACGAGCCGCACGACUACUUCAACGUCCUGAGCUACAGAAGCCUCGGGGACAUCAGCUUCCCCGCAGAGACUGGUUAG